CUGCCUAUAAAUAAAAUCAAUAGAGCACAAAGUAUUUUUCAUUGACGUUUUGCAUUUUGAGUAAAAAAGGCUUAGUGACUAAUAUGGUUUAUUACACAAGUUCAAUAAAGUGCAGUAUCAAAUACUUGAGUGCUUAACAAUUUGUCCCAUAGAUCAGCUUGUAAUUGUAGAUAGUAAUGCGGGAUCUUGCAAAUAAGAUGGCAGAGCUGAAGUUUGAGGCACCUCUUGCUCAGUGUGAAGAAGCAGACGAAUGGGGUCCAGUUGAAUAUCAUUCGUCGAAUUCAAGUAUGUUAAAAAAAUCUACUAUAAUCAACACAGUCAAAGUUAUAAACAAAGAUAGUGUAGCAAUAAAAAGUGAAAUUGACAAUAACGACUUUCAAGAGGUAAACGAUAAUAAUUUGGAUAUCAAAAGCUACAACGGUAACAGUCUGGCAGUAAGCAAAGUGAACAUGAACAACAAAAUCAAUACUAUGAGAGACAACGUUGAUAAUUUUGCCGAAGGUUUUACGGGCAGUCUGGAAGAUCUCGUUAAUACAUUCGAUAAAAAAAUUACGCAGUGUUUUGGAAAUUAUGAGCAGUCGGUUGAAGAAUUAGCCCCUGUGCAAGUGAGAUCUCAAGAUGAAAUCAUGAAUGAAUGUCAAAUGUGGUGGACUAUUACCGGUAAUUUCGGAAACAUAUUACCGAUUGAUUGGUCAAAAACCUAUACUCGUCAAAUGCAUGUUCCUGCAUUGAAAUUAUCUAAAACACCAGAUUAUCCCAACUACAAUGAUAUUCAAGAUCUUAGCUCAGAAGAUGAAGCUGUGGCAAAUGAUUUGGACAUGCAUGCUCUUAUACUAGGUGGCCUACACACAGAUAAUGACCCAAUCAAAACAGCAGAGGAGGUUAUAAAAGAAAUUGAUGACAUUAUGGAUGAAAGCACUUCUGAAGAUGGAAUCAAUGAAAGCGAAAUAAUGGAAAAGGCCAAAGAGGUCCUUGGAUCACCAUUGUAUGAAGAAAAACUUCGUUCUUUAACAAUCACACAGCUUAAUGAGCUUUAUAUGGAAAUGGAGUUAUUAAUUAGAGAAUUCAGUGAAACAUUAAUAGCUGAACUAGCUUUGAGAGAUGAAUUAGAGUACGAAAAGGAAUUAAAAAACACAUUUAUCUCAUUGUUGUUAGCCGUUCAAAACCGCAGAAGACAAUUCCAUGUUGAUAAGAAAAAGGGAAAAGGGCAAGGAAAACAAAUGCCACCCUCUAACAGUGGCCUAGAACCAAAAUACUUGACUACUGUUAUUCCAUACAACUUGGACGGAACUCCGGAAAACCAGACACUGCAAAUUCUUAUUAAAAUAUUGAAGGCCAUCAAUGAAGACAGCCCUACUGUCCCGACCCUUCUUACGGAUUAUAUUUUGAAAGUUCUCUGUCCAAACUAAUCAGUGCGAAAUAUUUAUUAAUCAACCUUUCAAAUGAAGCUUAACUAAAACGUAUGCUUACACGCCAGUGAUUGCUAUUGAUUCAUGUGUAGCCUGAUUACUAAUCGAAUAAUGCUAAUAUAAUGUAUAAAGAAUAAGAAAUCUGGAUAUUCCAAAUAGCGAAUAGAUUUUUCUUUUUCAUUGAGUAAGUAGUUUUUCUUGGAUUAAACAAUUACUUUUAUCUUGUGUUUGCGAAUAAAACGUUCCUCGGGGAUAUCCCGUAUCAAUUCUGUUUAAUGAUAACGUAGUUUUUUUAUUUGAAGGAAGUUAAAUAUCUGUUAGUACCUUGUAUUUCUUCAGAUUUUUUCUAUGUAUUUUUCUCAGUAAGUCCCAUAAGAUCGAAGAAACUUGAAAUUUCAUUGCAAUACUCUAUCGAAUAGUCCAAAGUGUUAUUCUAGUCAUUACUAUUGAUUUUGACAAACCUAGUUGCUUAAGGUAUAAAUUGUAAACAAAAUUUUCACUCCAGAAUACUUGAGUAGAAAAUAAUUGCAACUGUUUCGAAGGAUACGCAUCGUUGACAAAUUGUGAAGAAUCGUACAUGGCGAUAGAAGUGCGAUCUUUGGAUGUAAAAUUUACACACUGCGCUUUAGACUGUAUAAUUAUCUUUAAAUAAAAAUUCUUUGUCUGCUAAUACCUGAGAUAAAAUAGAUACAAA